AUGUUCGACUACUAUGAGAAAAUUCCUGAUUAGGAUAAGGACUAGGUUAAAGAACUCCAAAAGAAUAAUAAGAAUAUAUUAAAAUUGAAAUUGAAAGAUAAAGUAAAGGAGAGGUUGAAAAACCAAGAAAUAGAGACGUUAUAAAAAGAUAGUGAACGGUUGCCAGAAUAAUUAAAGAAGGAAUAAUCAAAGCAAAUAGAAAAUCAAUAGAGGAGCAUAGAUGAGAGAUUGAGAAAUAUAGAGAAGAAAUAUAGCACUGAAAAUACAUACAUUGCUUUUGAUAUUAAGACACUUAAUUUAUAAUAUAAUGAAGAGAAAAUCAUUAGAAGAUGUAAAUAUAUAGGUAUCCAAUAACCCUUGAUUUGUUAUAUGCAUGACAAAAAAAAUACAUAUCUAUUGUUUAAUGAUAUCCUGGAGUAUAAACUGUCUGGUGAAAAAUUAGAGACAUUAACAAUAUAAGAUUAUAAUAGAAUAUUGGUAUAAUUAAUAUUAAUUUUCAAUGAGUUUGAACUCAGAAAUUUUUACUGGGAAAUAAGUGAUUUGAGUUAGUUGUAUUAUAUUGACGGAUUUCUUUAAACGCUAGUUAUCGAUUAUGUGAAAAAUGAAAACAAAUAUGAAAGAGAACAACUAUUCAAACAAUUAAUCGACAAACAUUUCUCUAAGCAUUUAAAAUCGCUCAACAUUGAUAUUUUCAAUGAAGAUGAUUAAUUUAGAAAUUUGUUGAUGUGUUUAUUGGAUCAAGAAUAAAUUCAAUCAGGAUAAUUUGGACUUGAAGCUGCUUUUGAAUAAGCAAUAAAAUGGCUGUUAAAUGUAAUAGAUUUCAAAUAAUUAUAUUACACUCCCUACUGCAUCAUUAAAUAGUUUGAUACUCCUUAAUAGAUUAAAAAAGCAAUACAUAAUUUGCCUGAAAAGAUGGUUUUUAAAUAGAAAAGAGUUCACUAAAACCAUAAAUUUUAUGAACAACUAAUAAUAAACUUAGAAAGAGAAAUUGAAAUAUCAGAAAAAAAUAUGGAAAUUUUAGGAAAACCAUUUCUUUUUAUGAAACUUUACAAAUACCAUCUUGGUGAUAUUUUAUAAUAAUGGAUUGAGAAGAAGAAUAUUGAAUACUAGAAAUUAAAAGUCUAUCACUUGUGCGAAAGCUUUUCAACUGCAUUAUUUGGAUUGAAAUUGGCUAAUUUUAUUCAUAGAGAUUUGAAACCUCAAAAUAUAUUUUUAGAUGAUUGGGAUGAGGAUGAUAUUGACUUUAUGCUAAAAUAGUCCAUUGUUAUUGCUGAUUUUGAUAGAUCAAAAAUGCAUGAUACUUCUGAAUCUAAAGGAUAAUUUAAAAAAUAAUAACUCAAUCAACAAACAAAAUAAUUUGGAUGUUUUAGCAGAAAUAUAUUAUGGUCAGAAAAUUCUGGAUAAGAUGACCCACAAAAAAAGGAUAUUUAAAUGGUGAAUUAGACAUCGUCAGAAUAAAUUAGAUAAUAUGACUAAGAAAAAAUUGAAGACGAAAAUAUUGUGUCAAAUUCAGUUUAAAAUGAUUCACAAAUAAUAAUAGAAGGAAAAAUGACUGUAUUAAAUUCAGAAAAUACUGGACAAUAUGACCCACCAGAAGUUGAACAAACAUUUAGUUAUGAUGUUUGGUAAUUUGGUCUUAUCUGCUUAUCAAUUGCUAAUAAAGGUGUUUUUGCCGGACACAAAUUUGGAGGCAGAGCUCUUGAUGACAAAGAAUACAAUUAAUAUUUUUCCCUUGAAGCAAUAAAAAACACUUUAAGUCAUACAGAUUAUUCAGAAGAGUUUUUGAAGAUGUUGGCAGAAUGUUUGCAAAAAGAUUACAACAUUAGGAAACCUCCUUAUUUAGAAAAAGGGAGGUAUUAAACAUAGCUAAAUGGAAUAUUGUGGAAAUUGCGUAGCGAAGAGUAUGAAAAAGAAAUGAAAAAGUUAAAGGAGAAUGAACAAAAAACAAAAUAAAUUAUUUAGUAAUGA